GUUAAUUUUGUUUAUUUUUUUUUUGUCAUUUGUUUUUGUUUUUUUAAACACCAUUAGAACAAAGUAGAACAUAUCUAGAAAACACUAGAUAUGUUCAGGCUUAUGCCCAUUAUCAGGAACACUUAAAGAAUCAUAAAUGCUAGGUAAACGAUGAUAAAAUAUAUGAAGAAAUGCCUUUUUCUAAUUAUGAAUUUCAAGUAUACAGCAAAGGAAGGAAAAGAAGUAAAAGUCAGAGAGAAUUAUUAAAAGAUUUACAAAAGGAACAAAAAGAACACGAAAGGAGAGAAAGAGAAUUAGAUAAAAGAAGAAAAAAAUUUGGUUUAACAGGAGAUGAAAUUCCAUUAGAAAAAGGUUAUGUAAAAAGUGAUAGAAGAGGAAGUCAGAAUGAUUUAACUGUUAAGAAAGGAGAUAUACUAUUAAUUCUUAGAAUGGAAAAUAAUCCAGUUGGAAGAUGGCUUGUGCAAAAUGAUAAAGGAAAAAUUGGAUAUGUGGAAUUGGAUAAUAUAAAAAUGGAUGCUAAUUCAAUAAAAACAGUCAUGAAAGAAAGAAGAAGUUCUAUGGGAAGCAAAGAUGGCAGAACAUACAGUGUUUCCAGUUCUGAAGCUGUUUAUGAAGAAGCUUGUUGAUGAAGAGUGUAAAUAGCAAGAUUAUCAAUAAAAUAUCAACAAUUUAA